AUGCCUGUGAAGUGGAUGUCUGUUCUGUUCCUGCUGCAGAUGAGUUGCUACUUCGAUAAGGGGAACUGUGGGAAGGUGUUGGUAUGGCCUAUGGAAUACAGUCACUGGAUGAAUUUAAAGAUAAUACUGGAUGAACUUGUACAAAGGGGUCAUGAAGUGACUGUUCUGAGACCUUCAUCUUCUAUCUUUCUCGAUCCCCAAAAACCAUCUGGUCUUAAAUAUGAAACAUUUCCUACCGCUUCCAAUAAUGAUGAAGUAGAAAAGUUUUUUACCCAAUGGGUCAAUAUGUGGGUAUAUGAUGUGCCAAAAGACACAUGUUGGAGAUAUUACCCAUCGAUGAACAUAAUGUUUGGGCAAUUUUUUGAUUUGUGGUUAAAGCUUUGUAGAGAAGCAGUUUCGAACAAACAACUUAUAUCAAAACUACAGAAAUCCAAGUUUGAUGUUGUUCUUUCAGAUGCUAUUGGUCCCUGUGGUGAGCUGAUAGCUGAGUUACUCCCAGUACCCUUUGUGUACAGUCUUCGCUUUGGUAAUGGCUACGCAAUAGAAAAGUACAGUGGGGGACUUAUAUUCCCUCCCUCCUAUGUACCUAUUGUUUUGUCUGGGUUAAGUCGCCAAGUGACAUUCAUGGAGAGGGUAGAAAAUAUGAUAUGUUUGCUUUAUUUUGACUUUUUUGAGUCAUUUCCUCAUAAGGAUUGGGAUCCAUUGUUCAGUGAAAUUUUAAGAAGACCUACUACUAUGGUUGACACAAUGAAGAAAGCAGAAAUGUGGCUCAUUCAGUCCUACUGGGAUUUAGAGUUUCCUCGCCCAUCUUUACCAAACAUGGAGUUUGUUGGAGAACUCCACUGCAAACCUGCCAAACCCUUGCCUAAGAUAAGCAGUGUCCUAAAAAGACAUAUACCAUACAUACUUAUGAAGGUACAAAUUGUUGGCAUCCCUUUAUUUGCGGAACAACAUGAUAAUGUUGCUCACAUGGUGGCCAAAGGAGCAGCUGUUGCAGUUGACUUUCAUACAAUGACAAGUGCAGAUCUGCUUAAUGCACUGAAGGCAGUCGUUAACAACCCUUCCUAUAAAGAGAAUGUGAUGUGGUUGUCAACCAUUCACCAUGACCAGCCCAUAAAGCCCCUGGACAGAGCCAUCUUCUGGAUAGAGUUUGUCAUGUGCCACAAAGGGGCCAAGCAUCUGAAGCCACUUACCUAUAAUCUCAGCUGGUACCAGUACCACUCUCUGGAUGUGGUUGGAUUUCUACUCGCCUGUGUGGCAGCCGUGGCUUUCCUUGAUGUAAAGUGCUGCUAG